AUGCCUGCUCCGACUAACACCCUCCUCAUUGAGGGUUCUUUCUCCGAGCUCGCUGAGGAGUUCGCUCAGUACAUCGACGCCCUCCGCAAAGAGGAGAGCCUUCAGUCCGAGAUCGCCCCGCUAUUGCAGCCGAUCCGCCAGCAGGAACAAUCCGAGGGCGAGCCUGACCUGAAACAGCACGAUGAGGUCUUGAAAAAGCUUGUGGGGGCUGCUACUGCCUUGAACGGUGCCCCAGAGAAGGAAAUCACCCCCUCGUACAACCUCCUUAUCCACCUUGUCCUCCAAUCAUCCAACCCGGACUUGUUCCUCCCUCGCAUCUGCACCUAUCUCGCUAAGCCCAUCACCACCUCCCCUCAAUUCGGCCCGACUCUGGCCCUCUCCAUCCUCACCACCAUCUUCAAUACUCUUUCCGCCAACGAUUCAAGCCGGUACCACGUCCUACUGGCCACCGUCGCUGUGAUUCGUCAAUCUGGAUCUGGAUAUGCAUUCGAGGCCUUGAAGCCACAGCUGGCCAACCAACUGCCCACAUGGCUGUCGGCAUGGGAAUUGGAUGACGAAGAGGUCCAGAAGCUGCAUCUUGCGAUCGCUGAUGCCGCGGUGUCUGCCGGUGACGACGCUCUCGCCCAGUCGCAUGUGCUCCAGGCCCUGCAGACCAUCCCCCCAGCGGAUGCUAGCAAGCCUGCCGCUCGCGAACUGGCUGUGCGCGCUCUCGCCUCUGCGCUGCGUCGCCCCCACGUCUUCGACUUCACUACUUUGACUGCCUCCGACGCCGUGCAGGCUCUCCGCACCAGCGACAGUACCCUUUUCGAGCUGCUCGAGAUUUUCACCUCCGAUACCCUGGAAGCCUACGAGGAGUUCAUUGCCGCCACCCCCCUUUCCACUAUCUCUAACGGCGUUCUUGCCGAAUCCGCCGAUGCCCUGAAGACCAAGAUCCGUCUCUUGACGCUCACGUCACUCGCUUCUUCGACCCCCUCGCGCUCGCUCGCUUACUCCACCAUCGCUUCUGCUCUGCGUGUCGAGCCCUCCGAGGUCGAGAUGUGGGUUAUUGACACCAUCCGCGCCGGUCUUGUGGAGGGCAAGCUCUCCCAGCUGCGCUCAGAGUUCUUGGUCCACCGUGCCACCUACCGUGUGUUCGGCGAGAAGCAAUGGGCUGAGGUCCAGGGUCGCUUGAUGGUCUGGCGCCGCUCGCUCGAGAAUGUUCUUAGCGUCAUCCGCUCGGAGCGUGAGCGCUUCGUCCGUGAGGGCAUCCAGGCUGCUGCGGACCAGGAGGCUGCUAAGAAUGGCGAGAAGGGCCGUGGUAUUGACAGGCGGCGCAACCAGCAGUCACAGCCCCGCGAGGUAGAGGCUGCUGCUGAGUAA